AUGUCGCCAUCGAUCAAUGACAUUUUGUGUAGUGGAAUUUAUUGAUAUAAAGCGUUAAUGUAAAUAAUAAACAAUUUCAACUAAAAAGUCGGCUUCCAGUCGAUAUGUAUGCCAAGGGCAAAGGCUCUACGGUACCCUCGGACGCUCAGGCUCGCGAAAAAUUAGCCCUCUACGUGUAUGAGUACCUGCUGCAUGUCGGUGCGCAGAAAGCAGCACAAACUUUCCUUUCGGAGAUCCGAUGGGAGAAGAACAUAACACUUGGAGAGCCCCCUGGGUUUCUACAUUCAUGGUGGUGUGUGUUUUGGGAUUUAUACUGCGCUGCACCAGAAAGGAGAGAUACAUGUGAGCACUCUUCAGAAGCGAAAGCAUUUCAUGAUUAUGGAUUCGUAAACUCUGGAUAUGGUGUAAAUGGAAUUGGUCACAAUGCCGGCCCCGCGCCGCCCAAUGACGGCAUGGGCGGAGGUGGCAUGCCUCCAGGAUUCUUCCCCAACUCAUCGUUAAGGCCGUCGCCGCCGGCUCCACAUCCUGGCUCUCAGCCGUCACCACACGGGCCACAGCCACAGCUAAUGGGUUCGGGGCAGCCAUUCAUCGGUCCAUGGUACUCAGGAGGACCACGGUCAGCUGUUAGAAUGGGAAUGGGCAAUGAUUUCAAUGGACCACCAGGUCAAGGCAUGAUGGGUAACUCGAUGGAGCGAGGAGCGGCAGGCAUGCUGGGAGGGCCCCGCAUGACGCCGCCGCGACCCGGCAUGGGCCCCAUGAGCCCCGGGGCCUACGCGGCAGGCAUGCGUGGGCCCCCUCCUCAGGGUGCAGGUAUGCCUCCAAUGGGUAUGGGGCCAAGAGGGGCUUGGGCUGGUGGGAGUGGGUCAGCGGGGGGCUCCGCCCCACUUAACUACAGCGGGGGGUCCCCGGGCGCGUACGGAGCGCCCCCCGGCUCCAAUGGACCCCCAGGACCUCCCACACCCAUAAUGCCAAGCCCACAGGACUCUUCGAAUUCAGGAUUAGGAGGUGUCGACGGCAUGAAGUCGUCGCCAGGUGGCGUUGGGGGCGGAGGACCCGGCACUCCCAGGGAGGACUCGGGCUCCGGAAUGGGGGACUACAACUUAAGUUUCGGUGGUGCCGCGGGCGAUCAGAACGAUCAGACCGAGUCGGCGGCCAUUUUGAAAAUCAAAGAGAGCAUGCAAGAAGAGGCGAAAAGAUUCGAGAAGGAUCCCGACCACCCGGACUACUUUAUGCAGUGAGCUGUCACAGUGCUGCCAACGCAACGGAAUUAUUACACAAUAUUCUCUAAAUACUUUGAGUAUUAAGCCGACCAGAGACGGGACUGCUGGCUGCUGGGGGAGCGUUUGGCGUUGCGUACUUAUCAGGGACCGUUAGAUAAUUUAUAUGUCUACAUAGAGCCUUAUGCUGCUAGACAACCGAUGAAAACAGGCCAGGUUUAUUACUUUAGUGUGCGUUAUGAUAAUCUACGUCUUACACUCGUGAUACGUAUGUCACUUUGUGUGAGUGUGCGUGCUUUGCUCAAAAUAGGAGUUAACUGUCAACCUUAUUUUUCUCGGCGUUUUCACAGGUGUCACACUCUAUCUAGACGUUUAAAUGAUCUAAGCAGGGACCAGGGACACACCAAACUAUGAAAUGAACUUCGACACAACAUUCGCCUCUUGUGAUUCGUCUGGUUUUCCGCACGGGCGGCGGUUAUCAUAGAUUAUGAGUCACGCAAGCUCCUUUCAUUUUUUAAUCAGUUUAGAGUUUUAUUUGUAAACUUAUUUCAUUCCCCGUGAAAAGACGUCUCUAUUUGGUUAUACUCCAAGUGUAAAUAGUAUUCAAAUGAUCUCAGCAAUGGGAGUCCGGUUGGCAGCCCUGAUUGACAGCUCGACGCUGAGUACGUUUUUUUAUUUCUAUUUUAUUUCCCUCGCACCGUUUCUUGUUUAUGGUACACUUUGACAGCUUACGGUUUAUUGGACUCGAAAGAGGUUUUGACACAUGAGCUUCGAUACAAUUUUUAGUGAUGUAAUUAUUGUGUGCAGUAUUUUUAUGGCGUAAAAGUGUCAAUUGAUUUUUUUUAAUUCAAUAGAGUGUAAGUUGGCAAAGGUAUACCGCCGGAAGCACUGUAGUUUGAGAUUGCAAUAUGUAUUUCUAGUUGUUUCAAAUUUCAACUGAGCGUGUCUGAAAUUGUAAUUUGCAUAGCAUUGGCUUAGCUGUCUUUCUUUUAGUGAUACUAGGAAUGGGAAACAUUUUUUAACCUUUCUUUCAACAGCCUAUUCCGGGCAACACUUCAACGGAGGAAGGAAUAUCUGAGAAAAAGAACUAUGUAACUAUACUAUCCUUAGGACGCGCAUCAAUUGAAUUUCGAACACAAUUAAGGCGUAGUAUACAACUGGCAGUUGGUCGCUUAAUAUUUUUAAAUGCCACGUGUGGACUAGGCCUUAUACGAAAGAAAUUAGUGAUGUUCAAUUUUCUUUAUCUACUUAUCGGUAAAUAUUUUAUUUCGAAUAUAUGUAUGUUUUUGAUAAUACAUAGCAUUCUUAACUUAAUUUUAACAUAAUAUUAUUAACUAUGGAUGUAUUUGUAUAAUUUAUGAUAUUAUUUCUAUCACAACUUAUAUUUAUAACUAUUAAUAGGUAUUCUCUUGUGCUGGUGUUAUGAAUGACGGUAGGUAUGUUUUUUUUUUCGAAUGAACUAUGUUACCGACCGUGUUUGGUUAUAAACCAGUUGCUACUUACGUUUUUGCGAACUUUAGUAUUUCCGUUUUUUAGGUUAAUAAAAAUGGUAGGAUAAAAGUACAUACAGCACAUAUUCUAAUGUAUGUUUAUCAUUUAUAAAUUGAAGGUAAACAAUACGGUUGGAACACGUAGAACUAGACGCCAAGUGUGAGAUUAUCAUUCAAACUACAAUAAUUGUGUCAUAAUAAAAGACAAGUCUCUUUCAGACCAAACUAAACACACUGCCUAAUGCAGACAUUGCGGAUAACAUUUACUUUGUGACCAGAUUGAUUCCUUGACGUCGCGAUAUUGCGUGUUUUUACCGCAUCGUGUUUCGAAGAGCUGUUUGAACAGCCCUGCAGCUGUAAACAUACAUAAGCAACAAACUUAAAUACAAUUUGCACCAUCUGAUUAUGUCUUGUUCCAUAGUAAAACAAUGUUUUCAAUGGACGCAAAAAAAUUAUGAAAGUUUCUCGUGAAUAUGUAAUGAUUACAACUGACAGUAAAUAGUUUGCCAUGAGCUAGUUCUACGCCCGACUAAUGUUUAUCCUUUAAUGGCAUUGUAAUUAAGUUUAAUCUGUCGCUUCUUAUCCGUCAGAUAUAAAGGUAACUGUAGUUUUUGCAACUGUUGCUAAUUUACAUCACAAUUUAACAUACGAGUUAAUUUUAUAUCAAUUAUUUAUGUUUUACUUACAAAUAUAAAUUAAAUGGUUUGAAGAUUUUAUAACUUUUUUAAGAUUUCGUAGUAUGAUAAUCGUAUUUUUUCUUUAAUUAUAUCAGAAUCUAUUUAUUAACAGUGAUUAAAUCAUAUUAUGUCACUAUGUUAGACCGCUAUACUAUUGUUUUUUUUUUAAUUAAUGGCAAGAUUAAAAUUUGUUGCCAUUUAUCUGGCAAUUUUUCAAUUUCAGUACAAAUUGUUUAAUGGAAAUAUUAAAUAUGGUAAGACUUGCUAAGUUCAUAGCAAAAAAUGUAGCGGAUCAUGUUAGCAAUUUAAACAAAAAUUUUGUAUUGGACCCAUAAAUGAGAAAUCGUGAUUUUCUCUAAAUCAAUUUUAAUAGUAUAAUUUGGCAAUUUGUCCAACAAAAAAUAGCUCUUAUAAUUACAGAAUUUUCAAAUAAACAAUGCCAGAAAGAUGUCGGUAAGAGAGGUUUAUCAUAGUUAUUUAUGCAACUGUUGUGUAAUAAGGGGUAUUAAAACACGAAUGUGGGUUUAUCACACGAGUGUUUUAAUACCUAAUUAUCAAUAGUUGCAUACAACACUUUAUCUACACCCAGAAUAUGAAUCCUCUAAAAUAUUCUGAAACAGCUUACUGCUAACAUUAAAACAGCCAGUCCUAGUAGUAACCUAAUAUCAUCCAUUACUGUUUAUAUACAAA